AUGAAAUGCGCUCACCUGCACAACAUCGUGCAGCUCUCGCUGGUGGAGUUGUGCAAGCUGAAAAAGGAUGAAUCAUGUACGGAUUGCGAAACCAAUGGACCAAAUCUAUGGAUAUGUUUGCAAAAGAACUGUCUCCAUAUUGGAUGCUCGGAACAGUACAAAGACCACAGUACAAUCCACUUCCAAUCGAACCGCACGCACUGCAUCCAUAUGAACCUCUCUUCCCAGCGUGUCUGGUGUUAUCUGUGCGAAUCCGAAUUGUUCCUCACAAAGCAACCACAUCCACACCAACAGCAACAGCAGCACCAGCAACAACAACACCAUCACCACUACCACCAUCGGCGAACGUCCGUUGUAAGCAACGAUUCGAGCGAUACUAGUCGCUAUUCGUCCGUUAACAAUGAUAAGUUGAUCGUGCACGCGGACAAGCUAGUAUCGGGUGCGACAGCAACGUCCGGUUACGGUGGCACCACGACUGGUGAUUCCUGUGAUAGUAGCGGCGAAGAGGAUGAUUUCGAACGGCACGGCAAGUGGAACGGAUUGGUUGGGUUGCAAAACCUGGCCAACACAUGCUACAUGAAUGCGGCCCUGCAAGCCCUAAGCAACAGUCCACCGCUGACGGGAUACUUCCUCGACUGUGGCGCUAUUCUCGAGACGGAUCUGCUUGGCGGUACGAAUCCGGCCGUCACGAAACCUGGGUUGGCGAAACAUUACCACAAACUGAUCCGAGAAAUGUGGUGCAAGAACCGACGGUAUGUCAUACCGAGUGGCAUACUGUGCGGCAUACGGAUCGUACAUCCAAUGUUCCGUGGGUACCAGCAGCACGACACGCAGGAGUUUUUGCGAUGCUUUAUGGAUCAGUUGCACGAGGAGCUGAAGGAAGUUACUGCUCCUCCACCGCCGGAUGUGCUUUCGCGAGAAACGGUGGAUGAGAUCGAUGAGCAUUCUGAUGGGCAUCCUUCGCCCUGUUCGUCACCGUCGCCUUCGCAAUCCGAGGGAGAGUACGAAACGUGUGACAGUGGUGUAUCGGAACGAUCGAGCCUGUCCGAUGAUCAACUGUCCCCGACCAAGCUAUCUACCAGCAACAAACGUUUCCGUAAGCUGUCAUCGCGUUCGCCGAGUCCACCCGGAACGGCCGUAGAUGGUCAAGUAAACCAAAGAAUGGCAGCAGCAGCACGGAUUCAUACCAGUUCCAUCCGGCAACAGUCGCCAGUAGGGAGCAAUCGUUCGAACGCGAGUAGCGUUUCAACCGCUAGUAUCACCAUUGGAGCUGUGGGCAACGCGGGAAUUGGUGCCGGUGGUGGAGGUGGUAGCGGUGAUCCUUCGGACGGUGGAACAACAAAGGACAAGUUGCCCCAACGGUCGAUCAUUAGUGAUAUUUUCGAUGGCAAGCUGCUGUCGUCGGUGCAAUGUCUCACGUGCGAUCGUGUGUCGACGCGUGAGGAAACAUUCCAAGAUCUUUCAUUACCGAUCCCUGGCAAGGACCAUCUGGCGGUGCUGCAUCAAACCCACCAAGGCAUGGGAUCGUCUGGUUCAGGUUCGGGUGUUUCAUCCGUUUCGGUUGGUAGUGGGGGUAGUGGGUCGAGCGGUAGUGGUAUGGGAGCGGGACCGAGUGGUGGCACGAGUGGUAGCUCGAGCAGUGGCAUUACGUGCUCGGAUGCCGUCUAUCCAGUGAAUGGAGAUAGUUGGCUUUGGUGGUUCUGGAACUCACCCUUCUGGAGCUGGGUACGUUCGUGGUUCUGGGGACCGGCCGUUACACUGCACGAUUGUAUGGCAGCGUUCUUCAGUGCGGAUGAACUGAAGGGUGACAACAUGUACAGCUGCGAACGAUGCAACAAACUGCGCAAUGGUGUAAAGUACUCGCGCGUGCUUGCCCUGCCGGAGAUGCUUUGCGUGCAUUUGAAGCGGUUCCGGCACGACCUGUCGUACAGCUCGAAAAUUUCCAGCCCGGUGCUUUUCCCACUGUACGGUCUCGAUAUGAGACCGUACCUGCACAAAGAUUGUCGCUCGGAAGUGACCACGUACGAUCUGUGUGCGGUCAUCUGUCACCACGGCACGGUGGGUGGUGGACACUAUACAAGCUUCGCGAAACACGAUCCAACCGGGAAGUGGUUCGAGUUUGACGAUCAACUCGUCACGCAGGUUACGCCGGAACACGUGCAGGGUUGUGAAGCGUAUGUGCUGUUCUAUCGGAAAAACAACUCGAAGAUGGCCACGGUGCGUGCCCAAGCGAGCAAUUUACUGACCAUGCAAGAACACGCAUCCGAUAUUCGAUUUUACGUAUCGCGCAACUGGCUUCACCGUUUCAACACGUUCGCUGAACCGGGACCAAUUGACAACUGGACGUUACUUUGUCCGCACGGUGCUUUUCCACCGAACAAGGCGUCGCACUUCUCCAAGCUGGUCGUGCCAUUCCCGCAGGCCCUGUGGGACUUUUUGUACAAAAAAUUUGGCGGUGGACCGGUGUGCAAUCACAUUUUCCCGUGUCACAUCUGUAAGAAGGCUGCCGAAACGCUGUCCCGGAGGCAACAUUACGAGCUUGAAACAUUCACAGCAUACAAUGACGAUUUUCAGUUCAACGAUACACCGACGACCAUCUACGCGAUAUCCAUGGCGUGGUUCCGGCAAUGGCAGCUGUUUGCCCGUGGUCUUACUACCGAUGAUCCGGGACCGAUCCAAAACAAGUCAAUCGCCAUACAGGGUGACACUAGUGUGCCGCUUCGAAGUGUUCGUCCAUUCUCGGACUAUGCGCAGAUCAAUGCUAACCUGUGGCACUUUUUCCACGGUAUAUAUGGCGGUGGUCCGGAAAUUGUGUUACAGGGCAAUCCGGUUCCUCCACCGGCAUCGCAUCAGGCCGCUUCACAACAGGAAGAACAAGCAAGGCAGCAACAACAGCUACCAAAGGAGCAGGUCUCAGAAUCCAUGGAUGUAUCGGAACAAGGAUAUUCAACAACGGAUUCACGAACGAGCGCCGUUCCCAAACAAACGGAUCAAGAUUCUGCAAUUGAAGUGACCAUCACUGAACCGCCGCCACCACCACCACAACAACAGCCGCACCAUUCAGUGUUAUCGAGCACAGUGGCCACAUCCAGUGCAGGAAUCACAAGUCCUCGGCCCCAGAAAAGCGUCUCGUUUGAGGAUACAGAUGCGUACCAUGAUGAGGACAGCAGCGAUGGUGAAAUGGCUGAUGAGAAUAAUGGACAUAGCGCCACAAAGCAGCAAACAUUCCCUUUCUCGUCCGGAACAGCCGGAAAUGCUCACGGUUCAAAGCGGAAAUCACACCCAAAGUCUGGUGCGACCGCGUUGCGGCGUCAUGAACCUGGCGUGAAAUCAACUACAGCAUCGGAACCACCUCCAACGGGUUUCAAACGAAAGCAGCACACAGUGAGCAGUGGUAAGUCGGAUACAAUACCCGCGGCGAUGAUGAAUGGCGAUUGUUCAGGAAACCCGGCGACGGCCGCUGUUUCGGUCGCCGUACACGGUGUAGAACAUCUGGAAAUAGGCACCAAAAAGGAUCGACGACAUAGGGUUAGCAUGAUGAAGGCGAACGGUUUCUUUGGCCCGGAAGGCAAAUAUCAAAGUUCAUCAAACGAUUACUCCAAUGGAGGCGACAGUAUGAAUGACGUUAAUCCGACAAUUACGCGGACAGAGUCGUUAUCCUUUCAUACGAUGUUGGGUUCCUCUACGGGUGUGAAUGGAGUUCGUUCCAUGGCCAGCUCCUCCUCUGUUCCAACGUUCACCGGACAGUCGACCGAUACGGCCCCGAUCCCUGCCGAUGGGAGCAAAACUACUGUGGACGAAAGCACGUCACUACUAUCACUGUCACAACCGCACGCUCUGGAUCACACGGGAACCAACAGUACAAGCUUGCACGAGUCAAAUGAAUUUCUUCAAGACGACAAUGACAGUAAAACUGGCAGCAGUUCGUUGCCAUCGACAACUUCCAGUGCCAAAAUGUCAUCCCGCCAAAAGGGAUCACAUCAUCGCCAUCAGGCCCAGACUGUUUCCGACGCACUAACAGCAUCGGUGACAGAGAGGAUUGCCGGUGGAGUUUCUUUCGGUCGACGGAAGCUAAAGAUGAAGUACAUGAAAAAGUUAGCCGGUCGCAAGACAGGUAGCAGUGGGGGGCGUGGGCGCAAUGGGACGAUGGCCGACGGGGAUGAUGGUAGCAUCGAGGACGGUGCUUCGGUGAUACCGCUAACCAUUAAUGGCGUCGGUGAGCAUGUCGCGGGCGAUGGCGAAGGUGUCAAAUGA